AUGAAUACCACUUUUCUCUUUGGUCCGGAAUGGGAUCUUAAUUUAUGGACUGACUCGGACGAUCGCGUGCGCGGCGGAUCAUCGGUAUCAGAACUGGUCCCUUCCACAGACGGGGUUUUCUUCCGCGGCAAACUCGACAUUGAAACUCUCGGUGGUGCUGGAUUUGCCUCUCAACGGACCAUUGCACAAGAUCAAACCUGGGACCUCACCGGAAACGAUGGCAUUGAACUCAAUGUCAUUCCCUCGGACGGAAAACGCUAUACAUUCUCCUUGACAGACGAAAUCCCCGAGCGAAGACGAGAUGGUCGUGAACAAAGCGCCCUGGUUUGGGAAUAUGACUUUUGUGCAAGUGGUGCAAGGACAAAGGUGUGCAUACCAUGGAAGGAUCUGAGAGCAACAUAUCGAGGAAGGCAGGUAGACGAUGCGAGACCUUUGGACUUGUCACGCAUCAGGAGAUUCCGGAUCAUGGCCAGAAGGUAA